AUGGAUCCAGUUUCAGAGUGGGGCAACAGCCCUCUAUCCGCCGUGGAUCCUGAGAUCCACGACCUCAUCGAGAAGGAGAAGCGCCGCCAAUGCCACGGGAUCGAGCUCAUCGCCUCCGAAAACUUCACCUCCUUCGCCGUAAUUGAAUCCCUUGGCAGCGCCCUCACCAACAAGUACUCCGAGGGCAUGCCCGGCAACCGCUACUACGGAGGCAACGAGUACAUCGACCAGAUCGAGAACCUCACGCGCUCACGCGCCCUCCAGGCCUACCGCCUGGACCCCACCAAGUGGGGCGUCAAUGUCCAGCCCUACAGCGGCUCCCCGGCCAACUUCGCCGCCUACACUGCGGUUCUCAACCCCCACGACCGCAUCAUGGGGCUCGAUCUGCCCUCCGGCGGCCAUUUGACCCAUGGCUACUACACCUCCGGCGGGAAGAAGAUCAGCGCCACCUCGAUCUAUUUCGAGAGCCUGCCCUACAAGGUGGAUUCGAACACGGGGUUCAUUGAUUACGACAGGCUGGAGGAGAAGGCCAUGGAUUUCAGGCCCAAGCUGAUUAUUUGUGGCGGGAGUGCUUAUCCAAGGGAUUGGGAUUACAAGAGGUUCAAGGAGAUUGCGGACAAGUGUGGAGCUCUGUUGCUCUGCGAUAUGGCUCAUAUCAGUGGCCUUGUUGCUGCUCAGGAAGCGGCAGAUCCUUUCGAGUACUGUGACUUGGUGACAACUACAACUCAUAAGAGUUUAAGGGGUCCUAGAGCAGGCAUGAUCUUCUACAGGAAGGGUCCUAAGCCGGCCAAGAAGGGCCAACCGGAGGGUGCUGUGUACGACUUUGAAGACAAGAUCAACUUUGCUGUGUUCCCUUCUCUUCAGGGAGGUCCACACAAUCACCAAAUAGGUGCCCUUGCUGUGGCCUUGAAACAAGCAACAUCACCUGGUUUCAAGGCCUAUGCUAAGCAAGUCAGGGCGAAUGCUGUUGCCCUUGGGAACUAUCUGAUGAGCAAAGAAUAUAAGCUUGUCACUGGUGGAACUGAGAACCACUUGGUCCUCUGGGAUCUUCGUCCUCUUGGGUUGACUGGCAACAAGGUUGAGAAACUCUGUGACUUAUGCAACAUCACUGUAAACAAGAAUGCUGUUUUUGGUGACAGCAGUGCAUUGGCCCCGGGAGGGGUUCGAAUUGGUACUCCUGCCAUGACAUCGAGAGGACUGGUGGAGAAAGAUUUUGAGCAGAUUGCUGAGUACCUCCAUCGGGCUGUGACCAUCACCUUGAAGAUCCAAAAGGAGCAUGGCAAACUACUGAAGGAUUUCAACAAGGGUCUCGUCAACAACAAAGACAUUGAGGAGCUCAAAGCUGAUGUUGAGAAAUUUGCAUCCUCAUUUGACAUGCCAGGCUUCAAAAUGUCUGAGAUGAAGCAUAGUUUUCUGAAAAUUCAUUCUGUUCGUGUGGAAGUUGUAGCUGAUGACGAGUUUGAAAUCUACUAUUGCCGAUCGUCUUCAACCGCCUCCCCCAGCUCCUCCGAUCGCCGCCCGUCUCCAACUCUUGCAUUCUUUCCCCCUCUUCUUCCCCCAACUCCGCCGCCAACCUCGAGAGUCGAGAGGAUCUCGUUCCUCGGCCACAGUAACGGCGGCCCAAACUACAAGGUCCGACAACACCACGCCUCCAUCGUAUAA